AUGGAAACAGUAUUAAAACGUAUCCGAACCAACCCAUUCCGUGUUUCUGACAAAUCCCUUUAUCAAAAACGCGACUUCAGCAAACCCACCCAGCCAACUCACAACAAACACAACACCCAAAAGUCGAAGGUGUAUGUCAAGAAAGUGACUGACGAAAAAAAACUCGCCGAACAACGAAAAAUAAAAAAGAGCGACUCAGCCACUGUAAAACAAUUAUCACAGCGCAGAGCACGUAUUAAUAAAUGUAUUAAUGUUAUUAACGCCGAGGUCAUUGGCUUGGAACAAUCAAAAGGACUUCCAGCAGAGAAACUUGCUCAAGUCAUUGAAUCUGAUCUUCCUCAGUACAACCUCGGUACUUUUUUCUCUUCAUUCCCAGAACCACUUGCUAAUAUCUCAAGGAAAUUACGACACGUCAAAAUUGCUGAAGACCUUGAUGAGCGUCUCAAGACAGAAAAGUCCAAAACUGUUCUUUCAGCCGCCAAAAAGACGCAAAAAGUGUUUUACGAAUUAGUCGACGCCGCAGCCAAAAUUGGCAUCUCAAGAGAACCAAUUUUGAUUGCACUGUUCUACAAUUAUGGACUCUCUUUACUUAAUAACAUGACACGAAGAGCUGCAAAGUUCAUGAAUGACUACAAAAAGGAAGGCGACGAAUUCCUCAGAAACAUUCAAAAGAAAUACGAAGCGGAGAAGCCUGAGAGAGACUUGAAAAUCAGAAUUAAAAAGUACAAUCAAGUGGAUGGAAAUGUCAAAACAGUUAAGUCUAUCAUUACUUCGUUGGAAGAGACAAUAACUCUAUUGAAAGAUCCCAAAAGCAAAAUCAGCACGAUAUCUCCAGAAGGCAAUGAGGAGUUUGUGUACGACGAAGAGUCAAUAGAGUCAAUCAAUAACAUCAUUAAAUUGAAGAUGAAACAAAUAGAAAGGCUCCAAAAGCAGAAUGAUGAAUUUGUUGAGCAUGACGAUGAACUGAAACGUUUAACGAAGUACAACACACUCCACUUCGUACUUGUGUUGGAUCACAAGAAUCCACAUGUCAUUGAUUUGGAUAUGAAAGCUUCUUAUUUUGACCGAGUGAAAAAGUCUGAAGAGAAAAUCAAACAAUUUGCUGCUGAGAAGCAGUUCGUGAAAGACGUCUGUAUUCCCGAAGACAUAGUUGGAAGGUAUUUGCCUAAAUUGAAUGGGAAAGUGAGAGAUCGAGUUGACGAUGAGUUCAUCCCCAAAGUCGAAGAUGUAAAUACGAAAGAAAACUAUACUGGAAAUAAAGUGGUGAGUCAAAAAGCAUUGGACAAAGCAAAGAAGAACGCAUUUGAGAUCAGUUUUACAGACUCGUUUGAGUGUAACCUUUUCAAUAGGAAUUUUAGAGUGUUUGGGAAUGGGUUGUUAUACAAAGUUACAAUGGAAAAUGCGAAUUACCCACGAAGAGUCGAAAAGAAUUAUGGUGCUAUUGUGAUGAAUCACGCCAAACAGAUUUAUGCUCAAGCGCAUCCUCAGAAUAAUUCAUAUUGUUACCAUCGUAUAUCUUCAGAGAGUUUUGUUGUUGCAGUGAACAAUAUCACUCAUAAGAUGUUUAAAACCACCAAACAAAACUUGAUUGAUCUUGCAAGGGCGUUGUUUGAACAAAUUAACAACACAAAUAUUAAGACCAAAACAAUUUAUAUUUCUGAGUACACAAUAGUAAAAAAAGUGUUUGAAGAUUAUUCAUAUCCAGAGAUCUUGGAGAGAAUCGGAAAUAACACAAUCGAACCCAUUUUAAGAGAAGAAAGAGAAAUUCUUUACAGAAUAGAAAUGAAAGAAAUGAUAGAACGAGCAACUAAGAAAAUUACUGUCAAUGAAGCAAUAAAGGAACAAAACGACUAUGAGUUUGAUGAUGAAGAUUAUUCCUUUUCAGAAGACUAA